CGGCGCAGGGCGAAGCAGUGGGACGAACUGGUUGACAGACAGCCUCGCGUUCUUCCGCUACCGCGGUGAUGUGUCGUCGUUCACCGCUGUGCAACCGUGCCGUCGCGCCGUGCCGUGCCAGCUCGCCGAUUAAUACGGAGUACGGUCGCGCGUCAGCGGCGGCGGCGACGACGACGACGUCGACGACGACGACGACGACGACGACGACCGGCGUCGACGACGACGACGACGGUGGCGCGUGCCGCGAUUAAUAAACGGGCAGUGUGUGGUGCUGUGGGGGAAGGAACGAUGACGGCCGGGGGGAUAAUUUGGGUGGCGACUUGAGGGCAGAAAUGUUGAAAUUCGGCAGCAAGAGCGAUGUGACGGUGGUGCAUCGCGCCACUAUUCGACUGUUCGACGACAACGAAAUUAUCUACUGCGACUUUCAGCCACAAGAAAAAGGACGAUACAUCCUCGAAUAUGUGUGUAAGCAGCUCAACAUUUUGGAGAUGGACUACUUCGGGCUUCGCUACGUCGAUAAAGAAAGGGAAAGGCAUUGGCUGGACCUAGCGAAAACGGCGAUUAAGCAGGUAAAAGACAUGCACGAGAUUUUGCUGUGCUUUCGCGUGAAAUUCUACCCGCCCGAUCCUCUGCGGCUAAAGGAGGAGAUCACCAGGUAUCAAGUGUACCAGCAGCUCAAAAGGGACCUGCUUUACGGACGUUUGUGUUGCAGCCCCGGUGAAGCAGCGCUUCUGGUGGGUUGCAUCGUGCAAAGUGAACUGGGGGAUUACGAUCCCGAAAUCCACGAAGGGAACUAUAUCUCCGAGCACAAAUUGCUGAAGACGCAGACGCCGACGAUUGAGGAGAAGGCGAUGGAGCUACAUCAGACUCAGUUGAAAGGGUUCACCCCGGAACAAGCGGAAAACUACUUCCUUAGGAUAGCCUCGCAAUUGGACACGUACGCGGUAGAUCCACAUCUGGUCAAGGAUCCCGACAAGGGCACGCAGCUUCAUCUGGGCAUCAACCACUGUGGGAUCCUGACAUUCCAAGACUCAAAGAAGAUACAGCAUUUCCGCUGGUCGGAAGUUCAGAAGAUCAAUUUCGAAGGGAAGAUGUUUAUCGUGCAUGUGACGAUAAACGAGGACGUUAGGACGAAGAAAAAGCAUCUCGUCGGGUUCAAAUGUCCCACGGCAACGAACUGUCGUCACGUGUGGAGAUGCGCUAUCGAGCAAAUGCUGUUUUUUACCUUGCCGAGGGCGUCGGACGCGCCGGUGGUGAGUGGCGGCUCCAUCUUUUCGUGGGGAUACAAGUUUAAAUAUACCGGAAGAACGGAAAGGGAAGUUCUGGAGGAGGCAGGACCACUCCGGAAAGAGGAGCCGCCGAUACAACGCUGCCAAACAACGUGUUUGAGAAGAAAGGCCAGCAGCGUACCGGCAACCCCCAGCACGCCGAGCCAGGAUCUCGUCGAAAUACGAUAUUCCAGUUUACCACGUAGCUGUCACAGCGCGGGCCUGGACGGCAGCGGGAUGCUGGAGGGCGGUGCGGGGGUUCCCCUCAGCUCGCCCUAUUGUCCAGACAAUACCUUGCCCCUUCUGGAGACCGUAUCCGAGGACCAAGAGAUUCACACCAGGAGAAACAACGCCGUAGACGAAAAUGAUACGCAUGCGAGUGCCACCCACACGUCUACUACUACCAUCACCACCACCACUACCACCAUCACCACCUCCAACACCAUCACCACAAACCGUGCGAAAGCCAAACUGAAAUUUCCCAAGAGCACGCUGAACCGACCGCAACCGUUGUACAGUCAGAAAAUAGUGAUAGGCUCGGAGGAGCUGGCGGGCCACGACGUCAAGCACGUCGUGCGGCAGCGCAUUAACGCCCUGACUAACGAGCGAUGCCCGACGGUGGUGCGGUCGACCGCCCUGAUAAUCAAGAGCUCGAAGGCGCCGGCGAGUGCCAACGGACGCAUCCCUGUCAAAAGCGUGCACUACGCGCACGACGAGCACGGCGGUAAAACGCGGGUAGAGGUAAGCGAGAUCGACGGCGAGGUAGGCCGCGGAUCGACGACGACGAAGACCGCCAACGGUUGCGCGAAUCUGGCCGCGAGGCCCGGACUGUCGAAUGGAUUCGAUCACUCGGGAGUCUCGGGACGACGGGAGGCAGCAGUCGGUCAGCACGAGGGCGAGGCGAACGAUUACUACUUCAGGGACUCCUUCGACCACUCCUCGUCGGAGAGUCAGCUGUUGGACGCAUCCGGCAAGCCGCACAGUCGUUCGGUCACACCGGUACCGAAGAUGCAGAAGUUGCAAAAUUCCAAGCUCAGCCUCCAGCAGCAGCACCAUCAGGGCGCCCGGCGCGCGGCGAGCGGCAAGCUCAGACACAGGAGUCUGCACGUGGUCAGGAUCUUCAUUCCAGCGUUUAUGCUGACGAUCACGGUGCUGUUCAUUGUGACGGUAUUGGUGUUCGAGACGGACACAACCCUGUUCAACAGCCUGCGCAAAACACCGGAAAUGGUGGCCUUAAGGAGCCAAUAUUACGUUCCGAUCAAGGAGUUCCUGCGGACCAAGCUCGGCCUAUUUUGAUGUGACAAGACCGGGCCGAGAUCGUCCUACGUCAUCGCGUAGCUCGCUCUCCCUUCAGUGCCAAGUUGCCAGGAUGGACUCGUGACUGAAAGAAAUCACGGCUCACAAGUCGCGGAGAAAAGAACGUGCGCCUCUUAUCCCUAUUGCUCCCGCCUCCUGCCUUCUUUCCCCCCCGUUGCGCACCGUCGCGUCGCAUCACAGCUUGGUUGCACGAGAGUGAGUGCUUCGGACCGAGAAGACCAGAAGACCGAGUGCUACCGGAAGCAGAAGAAAGGAAGGCCGGAAGAGGAGAGAUGAGAAGCAUCGCGUUGAAGGGAUUAACCGAGGUCGGAAUCUCGCGCAAACUUACGCGCGAGGGGAACGCGCGUACGCGUUUUAAUUCGACCGACGGGAAGUCAGAAUUCUAUAUAAAAGAGAAAACUGUACAAAGGUUGUAUUUAAUCGGGAUGUGAGCAGAAUGUAUGUAUAAAAUUGUGUUUAUGCGUUAUAUGUUAUCUGUAAUGUUCUUAAAUUGCUUAUUGUUUUUAUGAAGAACGCUUUUUAUGACCACGCGUAUUUCACUAAGUUUCCCGGAAUUUCUCAUUACUACUCAUUAGUUAUUUCACUGCUGACUCGUCUGCUAUUUUGGCAGAAUACGGAUCCACAAAACCGACGUAUUUAUCUUGCAGAUAUUAAGUUCCGCCAGUUUUCCUUAUGAAUUAAUAUUCUUUUGCGGAAAUAUAUAUCGCCAAUAUAAUAUAAUAUACUUGUUUAAUGAACAAUAUCAAUAACUGAUUUAUUGAAAAGUAAAUUUGAAUAUUUCUGUGCACAGUUGCAAUGAGCAAGGAAAAAUCUUUUAAUCAUUAAAUGAAUUAUUCAUCUUAAAAAUGGCAUUGAUUCGAUUUUUUAAAACUGGUUACAUUAAAUUAUAUAUUUCAUGAAAUUGGGUAGGUGUAUCUCGUGUUGAUUGUAUUACAAUAUUUUAUUCAUAUUAUUUGAAAGAAAAAAAGAAAACAGAUUUUGGCUGUAAGAAAAGCUCGAUUUUGUUUGAUCCAUACCUGCACUCGGACGGACAUUACGUAUACAUACAUAGUGCAAUGUUGGUUAUCGAAUGGCCUAUCGUGUUACCAUGAAAAGAACGAGGACAGGAGUGCUCUUUCUCCGGAUUUUCGUGAAACUUUCCCCGUGAGUCGCGGAUAACACGAAAAGACGCCCAAACCGCAAUGUGCGCGCGGUAUAAUAGACAAAGUAAAAAUAUUUUGACAUUAUGAAGAGACGAAAUAAAGAGCAUACAUACACACACCUACACAAAAAAAAGCGAAUAUGUAAUAUAUUAUAUACAAGUCACUGACAAGGCGACGCUACUUAUAGAGACUUUAGAUUAUUUUAAAUCGUCAACGAAAAGCAAUUGUUUCGUAGAUAAUUGUAGACUAUAUACGUGCAGCUCUAGUACGGAAAUGGUGAAGGAUAUUGCGUGGCAGCGUUAAAUUGACGAGAUUCCGCUGUCGGUUUCUUUGCGUUCUUACUCGGAUGUACGGGGGCAUAGGUGCGCUUGAUGUGCGUAAUCACUUUGUCUUAUUGUCAUCUUAUUCUAUCGCGAGAGUAUAACAUCUUUCAUCGCAGCGUGUAAAUUCUUGACAUAGAUCUUAAGGACAUGUCUCUCUUAUGAAAGUAAGAUCUGUCAGGACCUGCCUUCGCAGAUAUGUGUCGCGUUUGAUAAAAUUACAUGAAAUUUUGAGAGAAUAUACCUCUUAAUUCUCGCGUUUUACGUAUAUAUGCAAUUAAAUCGAAAAGGAGUGAAACAAAAUUGAAACAGAUUUAACAAUUAUAGACGCAUACGCGUUAUUUAAAAAUAAACUCUUAUUUCUUUUUGCGAAAUUGUAAAAUGCGAUUUCCCAAGAUUUAACGUAAUUAUAUGAUUUAUAUGUAUGUAUAUUAAAGUACAUAUAAUUGUAUAAUGAUUACAUAUUGAUUACAGGCAGGUUCUGAUUUAUCUUACACCUUAGAUUGAAUGUCCGCUCCAGCGUUUUAUUACCGAAAGUGGCAAACUUUUACCGUCGAUAGCAAAAAUUUCUGAAGAAAAUAGUCGGUGACUCUCCCGACUCUCCGUUAAUCAUAAAGUUGUACAGUUGACAUUUGUUCUCGAGAAGAAGGGCUUUUAACUCUCGAGUGGACACGCAACCUCACUGUCAGCCAUUUUUCCUAAAAGUGCCUACGCUGUCUUACACCCUUUCGUGUCAUUCGAUUCGCUCGAAAUCCGCCCUAAGCUGAACGAAAAUGGAGUGGCGCGAGGAAAAAGGUGAAACAGAAAUUAAGUAAAUUAAUGAAUGAUGAAUCUCAUGCCGAUCUUCACGUCGAGGCUUUUGGCGGCGCUCUCCUGUCCGUGAGACCUGUUCAUAUCUCGGAUCGUCGACAUAGAUUCGUGAAAUUCUUGAGAUCGGUGUUCUAAGGUGUUUCCGACGUUGAUGAAAAGAGAAGCGUUGUCGAGAGUACAGACGGCUCUAGAAAAUUAGAGUGGUAACUGUGCGAGACGCGACAUAUCGUUGUUAAUAAAGCAACGGGGGUUCGCGAGAUUUCGGCCUUUCCCAGGUGGGCGAUAAACAGAAUCUCCUUUCUAGUCUAUUAUUAGCGUUGUCAGGGAAAACGCAUGUUUCGGAUUAGCACAGAAUCUCACGAACUUCCGCAGCUUAUUAAUAAGCCGGCUGGGAUGAGAUUAUAGCUUAAAUCAAAAUUUAAUUCGCUUAAAUUAGGUACGUAGAUAAUGUAAGACGAAGAUUAAUCCAUGCAGGAGAACGCCGCGAGCAUCAAGCUAAUUGUAUAAAUAAACGGAUGUCAAUUGCAAUAUAAAUGUAAUUCUAGUUAUUAAUUAAGGGUACCCGCUCUCGCUGGGCCAGUCGAUGUAAAAAAGAGACGAGAAAAUUUUAACGGAAACGAUAAAAGUUUGGAUUGAAACGCGGAAAAUUGAUAUGCUACUUAUUAAUCCAAAUCUGAAUAAUUCCACUCUACGAGAAAUCUCGAAUACUGAUCCAAAUCUGGAUGAUUCUACACUCUAUAAGAGUAAAUCUUUGAGAGCAAAAUUAUCCGAUGGACAUUAAAUAAGAAAAAGAAUCUCUUGCGAUGCCACGUUCAAUUUGUUAUACUCUCCGAGGGUUGCUCUCCUAUCAGCAAAGUUCAUAUAACUGAACUAAUGUCGAAUUUAGGAUUAUAUGAUACUCAAGAGUUUGCGCUUGAGAGAACUACUUUCUAUUUCAAAUACUCUCCAAGAAGCGUAUAAUAAUAGGAUUGGGAUUUCUGCUUGCAAUAAUCGCGAGUGUUGAUUGUUAAAAAUCCCGGUUCGGAGAGCAAAAUUUUUAAUUAGACACUCGGUCUAAAGUCCGAAGAGCAGAUUGUUUAACGUAAGGGAUGGAAUGGAAUAAUAUUGAGAGUUGAAGAUCGUCGGAACGUGGCAUAGCCUCUGCGCGAUACACUUUACAGAACUUCCUCGGUAAAAUUAAGUUAUCAUAGACGAUGCGCAGCUGUAUAUAGUAAGGAGAAAGGUUCACUAUAUAAUGUUAAAACUGUUAAACGUUAGCGGAUUAUAUGAUCUUUGCGCAACGAUUGAAGGCAGGCAAUAUACAGGAUGUGUCCAAAAGAUAGAAGUAACAUAUGUUUUCAAUAAUUUAGACCUAGUUGAUGACAUAAUUAUUGAUGGCGACGUUGGUAUCAAACGUUAUUAAUUAACAACGGUAAUUUAGUACGCUUUAAUUUGGGAAUUUGGGGAGUGAGAUUUAAUCAAUAUCGAAAUAGCUAAUAGAUCGUAGACGGUCUCUUACGUUGAAUUUUUAGUGUACGAGUACGAUAUUUUGAAAACGUUGUACGAUGUAGUUGCGCAGACGUGAAAAAAAUUCAAAGUAAAAAUAUCUCCCUUUUAUGAUAUUCGUAUUAUCGAUAAGAUUUUUGUAUCAUCAGUUGACAUUAUUGCAAAUUGCAAGCCGCGUUUCGACCUUAUUGUAAAUUGAUUGUAACGCGAUGUGCUUGUAUGAAACUGCAACCGACAGUACGCUUCAAUCAGGCGUGCGUACAAUGCGUACACGACGUCGUGCGUUUUCUCAUUAAUUGUAAGCCGUUAAACGUCGUAACACUUUUCUGGCACGCACGCGGUGCGCGUACUUGAUGCUGAACACGGCUAUACGUCACGUGUUAACGUACGUACUUGAUAUCGCUGCCGAACUGUGCGGAUCUUCAUGUAAAUGUACAUCUAGCCUACUGCGUUACUUUUAAUAGUCGAGGUUCUCGGGAUUACGUUGUUAGAUAUUUAUUUGAUGACUAACGGGUAAGAGUACGUUAUUCGCUGUAGUUGCUACGUAAGUGAAUUUCCGAACCGAACCUUUUUACGGACGCGACUGCAGAAAUAAUUUAACAGAGGGCUAAAUACUACGUUGUGUACAAAUGUGACGGUGAAUGUAAGUUGGGUGUAAGUGCACGGUUAAUUAAAAACGGCCGACGCGACGACGGAGAAGCGGAGCUCUGCGCUAAUCAAAACGAAAUACCGAUGAUAAUCUUUCUACAAUCUCCAUUCGUAUGUACACUUUUUGUACGCUUGCAACGUGUAGCGAACAGUUGUAGUCGUAUGAGGAGUGCGUUUUUUUCCUGGUCUGUUAGUCCUUGAAAUUUUGUAUCGCAUGCAUGAAUAAACAAAACAUUUCAUUGCAAA